AUGCCUACCACAUCCGCGGCGGCCCUGCCGAGCGGCCUGAAUACCAAGAACGCCUUCCACGGCACGUACCUCCCAGAUUUGGUGAAGGUGGGGCUCCUCUCGGGGCCGCUGGAGUGUGCCGAGGACGUCAAUCACGCGCUCCAGCAGGAAUGCCAGCUCGAGAUCGACAGCAGCAUGCACGACAUCGUCUCUACCAACGUUGGCCCUUCCAGCGUUGGCUGCAUCAGCGUUGGCUAUCCCAACGCUCCUGGUCAUGCCGUCGUCAGGGACAACCACGACGGCAAGGCUGCCGAUCGAAUCUCAGCUCCAUGCACAGGUACUUUUUCUUUCAAUUCGGAUUGCACGGUCAAUUGCAGCAUACAGGCAGCUACUGAGCCUGAAUUCGACAACCACGCCUUCAGCGAGCGUGGCAUCCUCAGGAAGGGCGCGGCCUCCCGCCUGCUGGGCGGCGGCCGCAAGGCCACGCAGCCGAAGGCCGAGGACAUGAAGCUCCUCGAGGGGCUGCGCCUACUCUUGGGCGCUCCAGCGCAGGCGCCCCCCAAGCAGCCGCCGCAGCAGCCACAGCAGCCGCAGCAGCGACGGGGCAAACAGACCUUGCGAGAGGCGUUGCAGGACGCUCUCGGCAGGGCUCGGACGGACAACGCACUGAAGGGCAAGCUCGUGAAGAUCCUCAAGGCAGUGGACGGCGGGCACAUCACCCUGAGCGCGGACGGGAACAGCAGCGGCGCCCCUCCGGCGGGCGACAACAAAGGCAAGGGCGCCGCCGCGGCUCACAGCAGCGGCGGCGGCAAGGGCAAGGGCGGCGAGGCCGCCAACCUCGGCGCCACGGGCGCCAAAGCCAAGGACAAGACCGCCUCCGGGAACCCCAACGGCAGCGGCAAAGGCAAGGACAACGGCACCGGCAAGCCUCCCGCGAAGACUGGGAGUGGCGCCUGGUCGCUCUGGCAGCGCGACUGGCCGGAUGCGACGCUCAGCCGGGCCGGCGCCGUGCUCGGCAAGCUCAGGCAGGCCGAGCUGCCCAGCAAGGGACAGACAGCCACCCUCGCCGACACCGUCGAGGAGGCCGACGAGAUGCUCGCGCUCUGGCGGCAGCACUUCGGCGAGAACAGCGCGGGCGAGGAGGCCGCCAAGGACGCCAGCCUCACCGUGGGUGUCGUGGUCAAUCCGGUGGCCGGCGUCUCCUGGAAGCCGUCAGGGGCGGCGCGCGCCGCCACCAAGCACAUCACCCUGUCCAAGAUGGAGCCGAACGAGAAGCUUCAGAUCAAGCUGGUCGCCCUGGCCACGGUCGGCAAGGAGGUCACUGGACCUGCCGGCCCGGUCGUCCAGAGCGCCGCGAAGCUUCCAGUCAAGGUGGACACGAUCACCGUGCGCCUCACGGUCUUCGAUAAGUACAUGGACGCCCUGAACUUGGGGAGCGCCAGCGCCCUGCUCAAGCAGGUCUGGCCGGCCGGGGCGAAAGGCAUGCAGUUGGGCAAUUGGCGGCCCACGGGCUCGCACGACGAGGCCCAGAGCUACAACAUGUACGUCACUGGCACCAAAGAGCAGGUCGACGCCCUCAUUGCCAUCAGCGGCAAGAAGGGCGUUUUCGUGGGGCACCUCGCCACGAACAGGAACAAGAUGGCGCGCACUACGGUGUCGUGGGUGCCGCGGCCAGCGGACAGCACGGACAAGGAGUACCUCGAGAUUGCCCUCCAAGCCGCAGCGGGCGCCCCGCUGGCCCACCGGAUCGGCGGCGGGCCAGACCUCGGCUUCGAACGAGCGGGGAUAGACGUCAAAGCGUCCCCGCCUUUCGUCUGGAAGGCCACGACUCCCAAGUGGUGGCGUUCAGAUCAACUGGAGAGUUUCCUGACAGGGAACGGCUGGACGGAGCCGCAGGUGACCGGCGACCUGGGGCACGGUGUCUGGCGGUUCCGCGCCAAGGCGCGGCCCGCGGAAAGCACUUCGUACAUGUGGGAGGGCGCCGACCCGUCCGAGAAGAUCACUGCUCUGCCAAUGCCGCGGAAGGUCAAGCAGGAGACGGUGGGCAAGCAGCUCCGCAGGCCCGCGCUCCCCUGGCUCGACGACGAGGACACCGAGCCAGACGACGACGUCGCCAUGGACGACGCGGACAAGAAGGAUCAGCCUGGCGCUGGAGGCCCUCCCGCGCCGGCAGCGGCCGCGGGCGGUCAGGGCGCCGACCAACAGGGAAAGCAGCAGGACCAGCAGCCGCCCCGGGACCCAGCCACCAAGCAGGGCAAGGGCGCGGACGACGGCGACCGGGCCCACAAGCGGCUCAGGCUCGAUGGCAACAACGUCAUCAAGGACAAGACGUGCAUCCUCGACGGCUACGAGGUGGUCGAAACCGGCGGCAAGGGUGCAUGCGGCUACUGCGCGGUGGUGGGCUCGGGCAAGAUGGCCAAGGACACCGCGGCCGAUCUCAGCUCCCAGGAGGUGCUGGACAAGAUCAUGAAAGAGGCCGGCACCCUCCGGGUCCAGACGGUCCAGCAGAUGACCAACAACCCCGACUCGUGGGAGCCGCACUGGUGCUUCGACCCUAAGGCCGCGAGCCACACGGGACGCACGUGGGCCGAGUACCUGAACAAGUGCACGGACAACGCUUUCUACAUGGGCGAGCUCCAGCUCACGGCGACCGCGACGCGGCUCAAGCGGAUGAUCACGGAGUCCCGCGGUGCCGAGGUCGAGGCGCUGCAGCAGGCUAAGCAGAUCCUCAACGGUGCCCAGCUGAGCGGGCUCUAGGAGUCGUGGUCGCAGGAGGCCCUGGCUGAGCGAGGGCGGGGGCGCCGAGGGCGCGGCGAGCUCGGCCGCCACGGGUGGCGCACGAGCGCGGCGGGGGGCUCGGCGCGCUCUCUCGCGGCGCAGGUUGUGGCCGGCUGGCGCGAGGAGACAAAAAGAGCAGUUGCACCAGAGAGAUCUGGGGAUGGGCAACCCCC